GGUUAUUCCACUGUAGUACACGAGUAAAUUGAUCAUACCAGCUGGAAAGAUAAAAACAGUGAAAAAAAUGCAGGGCGUAGAACUCACACAGGAUCAGAUAGACAAUUUGCCAAUCGACAUCAGUGCAACAAAACUGCUAGACUGGUUAAUUGAUAGACGGCAUGUAGAUCGUAAGUGGUUGUCGUCUGCCUUGGUUAUAAGAGAGAAAAUAAACAAUGCUAUACAAGAUAUGCCCGCUGUGGAUGAGAUAACACAGCUUGUCUCUGGAACAUAUAUCAACUACUUCCAUUGUUGUAGAAUUGUGGAGUUGUUAAAAGAGACGGAAGCUGGGAGUAAAAAUAUAUUUGGAUAUUAUUCAUCAACACGGAUGAAAGACUGGCAAGAAAUUAUAAAGUUAUACGAAAAAGAUAAUAUUUAUUUAGCAGAAGCCGCUGAUAUGUUAAUUAGAAAUGUCAGCUAUGAAAUCCCUGGUUUAAAGAAACAGAUUGCAAAAUGUGAGCAGAGUCAAAAAGAUUGUGAAAGGAAAGAGAAAGAUUAUGAAAGUAGUGCAGCAGAACAGAGAGAACAAUAUAAUACAGCAUGUAAACAAUUUGGUAUUCAGGGGAAAAAAGUGAAAUCUGAAUUACUACAGCUUGUCAAAGACUUGCCUGUAUUUUAUGAAGAUGUUGUUGAAAAAACAAAAAAUUUACAGAAAACUUGUGAUUUUUACAAGGAAUUCGUUUGUUUUACUUCUGCUGGAAGUUCAGAUUCUGAAUCAAAGUUAGAAACUACAUCAUUAGUGAGGUAUAUCAUCAAUAAUGGCAACACAACAGUUUAUCAAUGGCGGACAGGGGAAGCACCGAGUAGGGUUGAAGAAAUACAGAUGGACAUCAGUGAUGAUGAUGACAAUAAAUCACAAGAAGAUGAGAUUGAUUGGGGUGACUUGGAUGAGGGUGAAGUUGAUUAUGGAAUCACUGUAGAUCAAGCUGGCAUUGAAGUUCAAUCUGAGAGUACAGAUGAUGGAGAUUUGAAUGUAUCUGAGAAAGGUGUUGCCAUGGGGAUGGAUGCAUUGACUGUGUUAGACAGUCCAUCUAUGAGGAGUACCUUUAUUGAUGAACUAUUAGAGCUUGAAGGUUUCUUAUUGCAAAGACUGAAUGAGAUGAAAGGAGAGUCGGAUAUUUUAUCAGCCAGUCAGUUCCAGUCCGCACCUGUCAUUCUACAGAUGCAAGGCACUGAGCAAGUCAACACUAUGUUAGCUCAAGUUCAAGCAAUUCUGAAGCAGCUGACAACGGUCAGAAUUCAACAGUUGUUCCUGAUAAAGGGUUCCCCCAAGUAUGUUGACAAACUGACAGACACACUGAAAGAAAAAUUAGAACAUGGGGAAAAGAUGCUUGCCUCUAAAAAGGCUGUCAUUGAUAAGAGACACUCAUUCCUUGAAGAACAGAGAAAGCUGGAACCAAAGCUUGACAUUCUCAUAAAAAGAACGAAGGAAUUACAAGCAAAAAUCGAGGUGGAAAUAUCAAAACGCUACAAAAAUAGACCAGUUAAUUUAAUGGGAUCUAUCAGACAACUUUAGACUUGAAAUUCAAUUACUAGGCUGUAAAUAAAUGAUGGUAUCAA